AUGCCCAGCAAAACCCCUCACAGAAAUAAGAAGAAUUCAACUGACAAAGGACCCAAUGGCUCAAAAGACGUUGAAAUGAAGGACGAAGCCCAAGCUGCACAAAAGGGAAAUCUAAAGAAAGGUAAGGGAUCUGAAGAAAAGAUGACUGUUGUCGUGCAGCCAAGUAAGGCCAGCAAGUCUUCAACCCUGCCGACCAAAAAUACUGAGGAUGACAUGGUAAUGGAUGGUCUUGAGAACCAAUCUGUCGAUUCCAUAAAUGUUACCAAACCUGACCCAACAAUCAAAGUUGUUGCUGAUAUCAAGAGCUCCUUUCCACUCUUGGAACGUGCAGUCACCUUAUUUGAUGCUAGAUUUACUCUUCGGGCCUUAAGAUCGAUUUCUUCUAUUCGCAAACGUCUCUCUCCUGAUAUUCUUGCGCAAGUAAUAAUCGAAACAUAUCCUCCGAACAGCGCUGUCGCAAAGUCCUUGUUGGUAGCUAUUGAUAGAGAAUACGCGACUUUUAAGUCCAACAGUAAAGACAUGGAUAUAGACUCAGACUCCAAAAUUAAGUCUGGAAAAAAAGAACCCAAAGAAGUCAUCCCGGAAAUAGAUAUCUUCCUCGGAAUUCUGAUCCAAAUUUAUCUUCUGGAUAAUAAAAUUAUUCCAAGCGGCGCUCAAUUUUCUGCCUCUCUCGCCGAAUGGCUACAUUCUCUAAAUCGUCGAACGUUAGAUUCGCUCUCCGCCCGUGUAUAUUUUUAUUAUUCUCUUUUUUGUGAACAGAUGGCACCCUUACCUCCAUCUCCUUCAUCUCCAGUUAUUUCUAACAGAACCUCACUGCUAGCUGCCUUACGGACAGCUGUUCUACGAAAAGACAUCGACACUCAAUCUACGGUAAUCGUUCUUUUGCUCAGAAACUACCUUUCAACAUCCCAUAUAGGUCAGGCUGACUUACUCGUGUCACACACUCAAUUUCCGGAGAAUGCAUCUAAUAACCAAGUUGUAAGAUUUGCCUACUACCUUGGUCGUAUUCGGGCUAUACAAUUAAAAUAUACAGAGGCUCACUCUCAUCUAACUGCUGCCGUUAGAAAGGCCCCGACAAGCCCCUGCGCGGCAGGAUUUUCGCAGAGUGCACAGAAGCUUCUUAUCAUCGUAGAACUACUAAUGGGAGACAUACCUGACCGUGCUACUUUCCGUCUUUCAAGUAUGGAGCGGGCCCUUCAGCCAUACUUUCUCCUCGUGCAAGCUGUACGAGUGGGCCUCUUGGACGAAUUCGAGAUUGUUGUUCGAAAGUAUAGUGAAACUUUCCGACGAGAUGCUACCUAUACCCUAAUACUUCGCCUGCGACAAAAUGUCAUUAAGACUGGAAUCCGAAUGAUGUCUCUAGCCUACUCACGAAUAUCCCUCAGAGAUAUAUGCAUUCGUCUUAAGCUUGAAAGUGAGGAAAGCGCUGAAUAUAUUGUCGCGAAAGCAAUACGAGAUGGUGUUAUCGAAGCAAGCUUAGAUCGCGAACGAGGAUUCAUGAAAAGCAAAGAAAUAGGUGACGUCUACGCUACAAGUGAACCUGGAGAUGCAUUUCAUGAACGAAUCCGUGCUUGCCUAGCUCUACAUGAUGAGAGCGUUAAGGCUAUGCGAUUUCCCAUGAACCAGCACCGAUUGGAAUUGAAGAAUGCCCAAGAAGCUCGUGAACGCGAGCGUGAAAUGGCUAAGGAAAUUCAGGAUGGAGAAUUAGAUGAGGAUGAUUUGGGUGGCGAUUUUGAAGGGAUGUGA